CGUACCCCUAAGGGUACGCGUAUCCCCAUUUGAGAAUCACUGCUUGUAGAGAGUAGCCUCACGACUAUUAAAUGAAUCAUGUCACCUGCUUGUGGACUAACUUCAUGGAUAUUAAGUUUUUCAAGAGGAGUAACUCGCGACCAACAUCCACAGGAGGUGUUUUAUCAGCCUUUGGACCGCGGACACUCACUUCAGACUCCCUGCAGCACGUCCUGGGGGAGUAUGGACUGGUGAGGCCGAUCAGUGUGGACGCAGAGGGCCGCUUUCUGUCGCACGCCGUCUCGGCAGGCCGUGUGGCAGGGGGGCAGUCCCGUAGGCGCCGGAAGAGGGAGGUAGGAGUAGGGGAUGAUGAGUGGGAAGGACCAAAAGGAGAACCAGCAGUCUCUAGGGAAAGGCUUUACUACAAUGUCACCAUCUUCGGCCGGGAGUUCCACCUGCGCCUGCACCACAACGCCAGGCUGGUGGCCCCCGGAGCCAAGAUGGAGUGGCGUGAUGACAGUGACAGCACCGGCCACACGGAGCCUCUGCAAGAUGAAUGCUUGUAUGUUGGGGAAAUCACAGACACUCCAGGAUCAACUGUGGCAAUCAGCAACUGUGACGGCCUGGCUGGUAUGAUCAGGAUGGAGCAGGAGGAGUUUUUUAUCGAGCCAGUGGAGAGGGGCGAUGGAGUAAUAGAAGAGGAGGAGGAGGAGGGCGGAGGAGGAAGGACACACAUCGUCUAUCGCUCCUCAGCUCUAAAGAAAGCUCCCAUCAGCAGGGCGGCAGCAGACUACCACUCCAGAGGUGCUGAUCUGGGAGGUCUGAUGGACCUAGAGUCUCUGUACCGCGGCGUGGAGCAGAGCAUCAACCACACACGAGCGGGGCGGAUGCGCAGACAGACCAUGGACAGGGCCUACAACAUCGAGGUGCUGCUAGGCGUCGACGACUCAGUGGUCCAGUUUCACGGGAAGGAGCACGUCCAGAAGUACCUGCUCACACUCAUGAACAUAGUGAAUGAGAUCUAUCAUGACCAGUCUUUAGGGGCCAAGAUCAAUGUGGUGCUGGUGCGGAUUAUCAUGCUUGGCUAUGGCAAGUCCAUGAGCCUGAUUGAACUGGGGAACCCCUCUCAGAGCCUGGAGAAUGUGUGUCGCUGGGCCUUCCUGCAGCAGAAGCAAGACACGGGGGAUGCUGAGUAUCAUGACCAUGCCAUUUUCCUCACGCGGCAGGAAUUCGGACCCACUGGCAUGCAGGGUUACGCCCCUGUGACAGGCAUGUGCCAUCCAGUCAGGAGCUGCACUUUGAACCAUGAGGAUGGUUUCUCCUCUGCCUUUGUGGUUGCACAUGAGACCGGACACGUGUUGGGUAUGGAGCACGAUGGCCAGGGAAACCGCUGUGGAGAUGAGGUGCACAUGGGCAGCAUCAUGGCGCCACUUGUGCAAGCUGCCUUCCAUCGCUUCCACUGGUCCAGAUGUAGCAUGCAAGAGCUGGGACGCUACCUCAGCUCCUACGACUGUCUCCGUGAUGACCCCUUUGACCACAACUGGCCGUCGCUGCCUCAGCUCCCUGGUUUGCACUACUCCAUGAAUGAACAGUGUCGCUUUGACUUCGGUGUAGGCUACACCAUGUGCACCGCGUAUCGCACAUUUGACCCAUGUAAGCAGCUGUGGUGUAGCCACCCAGACAAUCCCUUCUUCUGCAAGACCAAGAAAGGACCACCCAUCGAUGGCACCAUGUGUGGGAAUGGGAAGCAUUGCUUUAAAGGUCACUGCAUCUGGUUGACCCCUGACAUCAUCAAGCAAGAUGGAAACUGGGGUUCAUGGAGUGAGUUUGGACAGUGCUCCCGUACCUGUGGUGGAGGAGUGCAGUUUCGCACACGUGACUGUGACAAUCCAAGGCCAGCCAACGGAGGCCGCACCUGCAUGGGAGCCAAUUAUCAAUUCCAGAUGUGCAACAACAACGAGUGUGAAGACAUCUACAGCGACACACGAGAGGAGCAAUGCCAUGCUUUAGACCCUCGCUUUGAACUCCAUAGCAACAAGCACCACUGGAUGCCUUAUGAACACCCAGACCCUAAUAAACGCUGCCACCUGCAUUGCCAGUCCAAGGAGUCGCGCGACAUGGUCUUUAUGCAGAGGAUGGUCCUGGACGGCACUCGCUGCUCAUAUAAGGACCCCCACAGUGUGUGUGUGCGGGGAGAGUGUGAGAAAGUGGGAUGUGACGGCGUGGUGGGCUCCUCGAAGCAAGAGGAUAAGUGUGGAGUGUGUGGUGGAGACAACUCAAGCUGCAAAACCUUCAAAGACACCAUCACACGUACUGCCAAGAAACAAGGUUACCUCAAAGUUCUUGAAAUCCCCCGAGGAGCCAGACAUUUACUGAUCCAAGAGCUGAAAGCAACCUCACACACUUUAGCUGUAAAAAAUGUGGCAUCAGGACUGUUUUUCUUAAAUGGGGAAAAUGAAUACCCAGAAUCCCACUCGGUUAUAGAGAAAGGCGUGGAGUGGGAAUACGAGAAUGACAACGACAAGGAGACUCUUCAGACCACUGGUCCUCUCCGACAUGGAAUUCUGAUCAUGAUGAAACUAUACGGAGAUGAGGAUGUUAAUCUGUCCUAUAAGUACAUGAUGAACAUGGACAGUGACUCGGCCAUUCAGAACAACAUGCUGGUAGAGGACAGCGCCUACGAGUGGGCUCCCAAGAAGUGGUCCUACUGCUCCAAGGCCUGCGGUGGAGGGAAGCAGUACCUGCGAUACGGCUGCAGAAGAAAAGUUGACAGUAAGAUGGUCCACAAGAGCUUCUGUAACAAAUCCAACAUGAAACCUCGAGGAGACACUAGAGAUUGCAACCAGAAGCCCUGCCCUCCACCUAUUUGGGUGACAGGAGAGUGGCAGAACUGCAGCAAGCCAUGUGGAAAAACAGGGAUGCAAAUCCGCUCGGUCAGCUGUGUCCAGCCAUCUGAUGACAACACCACGCGCUCCAUCCACAACAAACACUGCAACGACGAUCGGCCCGAGUCUCGCCGAGCCUGCAACCGUCACCCCUGCCCAACCCAGUGGAGAGUGGGACCAUGGUCACAGUGCUCAGUGUCAUGUGGCAAUGGGACCCAGCAGAGGCAGGCUCUCUGCCACACCAGGGACAACACCAUCGGCCUGUGCCUGGACAGUAAACCUGACACCAUCAGAGUCUGUCGCAUGGAUCCAUGUCCCAAGGGCUCAUCCGACCACAAGAAUGGCAACAUCCUGAUUCAGUGGCUCUCUCGUCCCAACCCCAACUUCCCGAAGAUCUCCUCACGCCGACGUUGUCAUGGAGACCGCUCGAUGUUCUGUCGUAUGGACAUAUUGAAGCACUACUGCUCUCUACCGGACUUUCAGCGCAUGUGCUGCAAGUCCUGCAGCAAUGUCAACAUCACAGAGCUUCUACCCAACUCUACCCCUCCAUCCACUCCCACCACCUCCACCCGGCCCAGUUUUACAGCACCUCCACCCACCAGCACCCCCAGCUCUGUCUUCACCACCAUCCAACCAACUGGAGCUCUCAUGACCACCUUUACUACCUCUACCACCAAUAUUUGGGACACCACUCAUCCUCCUACAACUGCUGUUUCUCAUUCCACCCUUUCCCCACUUAGUACAACACAAAUGAUCACCACUCAUACUCCAGCUUCCACCAGUGUUCCUGUCCUUUCCACCACCUUUCCCACUGCAACCACAUCUGUUAUUACAGCCUUUCCCAGUGUUACAGCUAAUCCUACACCCCUGCCUGUCCCCAGCACAGACCAGAGCCCAGCUCCACAUUUGCAGAGCACUACAAGAAGUCCAACAACAUCUGGUAUUUUCACUACCACACAACUUCCAACGAUGACCAGCCCAGCUAUAAUUAAUGCAACAGAGGGCAGUACAAAAACAGAGGCUCCACUUAAACCCAAUCCCAAGAAGAAUAAUUUACCCAAGAAACCUCCUAAAAAGGUGCUCCCACCAAAUAUCAAUCCAAAAAAGAAUUUUGCACCAAAAAAUACCACAAAGAAAUUGUUUCAACCAAAGAUCAAUCCCAAAAAGAAAACAAACACAGAUCCAAAAAAGUCUACUCCAGGAAACACUUCCCCAAAAAAGGCUCCUCAAGAAAAAUCCACUCCAAAAAAGAUUACUCCAGCAAAAACUUCCCCCAAAAAGACAACUCUAACAAACACUGCCCCCAAAAAGACAAACCCAGCACAGACUUCCCCCAAAAAGACAACUCCAGCACAGACUUCCCCCAAAAAAACAACUCCCCUUGUAAAAACCACUCCCAAAAAGACCAGUCCAGUAAAAACUGCUCCCAAAAAGACUACCCAAAAAGAGACACCCUCUGUGAAGACCUCAGUCAAAAAGACUCCUCCAGUGAAGACCACUGCUGGGAUAAAACCUAAACCUGCACCCAAAAAGGAGGCUCUACCAAAAGCCAAGCCUAAACAGAAGAUCCAGCCAAAGACAAUAGUAAAAAAGACAGAUCCCCCAAAGAAGCCAAAAACAGCUGAGAAAAAGAUUAAUAAGUUUAAGGUGAUAAAGACCUACCCCAAAAAGAAAACACCAACAACGUCUUCUUAUUAUACCUUAGCUCCCACCUCAUAUCCAAGUCCACUGCAAGACUUUUUUUAUUCCACUGUCCCGACCAGCACGAGUGCACAUGAAACAGCGUCAGGCACACCUUUCCCUGACACCAGAAUCAACGUCACAUACAUCAGUAACAACACAGCGACUACAGAUGAACCCCCCCUGUGGUAUCAUGAAGCUUUAGCCACAACUCCCAGCCUUUCUGAUGACAUCUUAACACCUACUUCAACUGUUCAGUUCAAAGAAGUCAAUAUUCCUAGUGGAACCAUGCCAUGCAGUGAUGUGACGAGCAGUGGUGAUGUUGCAGUGACCAGUGGUGCCAUACUCAGCGGAGAUGACAGCACUGUUUCCUACAGCAAUGCAGGGGUGAUCAGUGACACCAUGGUGCUAGCUGAUGGACUCACCAUUGUGAUCCCAACCAUCACCAGUGAGGAUAUGACAGAUCUCGCUUCCACGCCCUGGCUUGACUUAUCAGAGUACAUUCCAGUGAGCAACCCUGUUCCCACCACGACCUUAGACCCACCCACAGACUCACCUCCUACCAUUUUUGUGACAACAGAAAAACCAGCCCUCACAACCAUCACGGCCUCUAAAGCCAGACAGCAGCAGAGCCCAGAGAACAGUGACAACAAUUCCAUCGAUGUCGUAUACAGCAGGAUCAUCGGUGUAGACAGUGACAUCUCCCAGAACAAUCUGAUUCCGAAGCACCGAGUCAACCUUAGAGAGAGGACCAGGAACAAACGCAUUCAGGAGCUUUUGGAGGAGAAGCGCAACUUUCUCCUCCGUAUGAAGAGAGGCCACACAGCAAGAUAGACCAAGCCUCCUCAUUUCUCUCAUAGAGAUCAAUAUGUCAUUUACAGACUUGUGUAAGCCUCAUUUGAGCCCCUCGCCAUGAUGUUUUCUAUCAGGCCUGUGUCUCCACAUAAAAAAGUCCGACAAUCAGAACUGUUACAGAGAGAGAAUAUCAUUGCCAAAUGUUUAAACAGUUGCUUUUGAAAAGAUAAAAGCCCAUAAGAGUACAGACUGUCGCAGAUUUGGAGCAAAUCACCUUAACUGUGUAAACAGAAUAAUGACUAACAGAAGGGAUGAAAAGUGUGUUUCCAGUUUGACCAUGACUUUACAGAGCUUAACCACACACACUUUUGGAUUCACUGAUGAUGUAGAUAAGGUGUAAUCUAAUUUUCUAAAUAGUGUUAUCCCAAAAGGCGCUUACAGGGCAACAAAAUCUACAAUCAAGAAUCCAAAUCUCUAUCUCCAUAUUGUAUUACAGCCCAGGACUGCAGCUCAUUUCCCAACAAACAGACUUCUCAGCCCAUCAUAAAGCUGCUGUCACAAAGGAUAAAUUAGUCUCCUUGUUAAGUGAAUACCAUGUCUAUGCUGCAUAGUGGAAUAUUUGGAAGCCUGACAGCACUACGGUUAAGUUUUCUUUUUGUGUAACUGAAUAGUAAAGUUUACACUGCUUUGAUUGUUUUUCGUCUUUUCCAGAGCAAAGUUCUCUCUCAUUGUGUGGGGUCUUUUAUCUCUCAGGAAGUAAAGGUGCAGAAUUGAAAAAUGGUGAGGGACAUUGCAAAACACUUGGUGCUCCCUUAAUUAUGCAUCGUAUCUCGUGAAGCCGGAUAAAAAAACUAUAUCACAAUAGUUAUGAGGUUUUUCUUGUGUAAUGGUCAGUCAAGUACGGUGGUAUUAUUGUCAGUGUUGCUUUAUGCAGUGUCCCUCAUGCAUUCCUUUAUAAACUUUAAUGCAAAAAAAUACAAAAAAGGAGGAGGCUUGUUUGUAUUAAAUGUAUCCAAAGAGAAGCUUUAAUGGCCAGUUUUUUAUUUUCUUAAAAGUUUUAUAAUUUUGGUACAUUUCUUACUUGCAGCAGCUGCAAAAGUACCUAUGGAUCUUUCUGUACAAUAUCUGUACAUAUGAAAAAGAACUUAAUGUUAAAUAUUUAUUAAAGUCUAAGUGCCUGUGGUAUUUUGCAAACUCAGAGUUCUGUGUAUUUUUUUCUGUACAAUAACCAUUACAAGGCAUUUAUCUAUUUUUCUGCAAGUUUUGCCACUUGGUCAGUCUUGAUGAAGUUUAACGUGAGCCUCACAAUGGGGGUCACUCCGAGCCUCACUUCUGCAGCAGUUUAAGACUAAACUCAAGAUUGAAGAUGGUUUCUUACUCAGUCAUUGCAUGAUUAAUUACCAUAAGCAUGCUUUCAAGCUUUUCCAAAAUGUGUUUUUAGAUCCAAGUUUGAAAGUAAAGCAAUAUGUGACACAUAGAGGGAGACAAAGCACUUUAAUUCAUGUUCACUACUGAUGUUAGGGCUCUGAUCAGUAUCAAACUACUCUUUUUUUUUACAUUCAUCUUCAGAGCAUGACUGUUUCUCACAAGUCUUAAAUCGCUAGUUUCAUUUAUUUAUGACAUGCACGAGGAAUCAUGACCUUAUAAACUCUCUGAAAUUCAAAUUUAUCCUCACCUUGGGACACAGAACGUCUUCUUUGAAAUUAUUUGGUGACAUUUUUCUCAUGGGUUAAGAUUGUUCACCCUGAGGUCAGGAUACUGUUUCUGGAAAACAUGAAGCUGGUGAUCAUUUCAAAUGCUUUUUUUAAUUUCACCAGUUGCAGCAGUUUUGUUUUGUUUUUUUCCAGCAGCGGACUAUCAUAGGGUUUACUUAUAAAACUGCAUGUAUAAUAUGAACUAGUUAAGGCAAACUGAGCCUUUAGCAUGUCACAAGUCCAAGAGUAUUAGUAUUUCCCUGAGCAGAGACUGUAAUAAACUUGCUGCCCAGGAAAUACAAAAUACCAUCACAUUUCACUCUAAUGCUGUAGUAGCAGCCUCAAUGUCUUACUUAGCAUCUGAUCAUUAGUUUUGUGAAAAAUGCUGAGUCAUUCUAUUUAAAGUGAUUUUAACUGAGACUGCUGUUUUAUUUGUUUAAUGCUUGAGAGACAAGUCUUUUGAUUUUUUUCGGUCUUGUUGUUUUUCCUUGCUCUGUCAUUUUGUUUUCUGAACUCGCCCCUGUAAAAUGUGUGCACUAUUCUUGUUUCAGUCAUUAAAGGUUCCACUUUGUAUAACGAAAUAUCUAAAUAACAUGACCUGCAUAGGAAUAUUAGAUUACUCAUAAGUUCUUGUCAGCAAUGCUUUGCCCACAAAUUAGAUCUGCAUGCUGAUUAAUGCUUACUGUCCGCCCCCAGCAGACAGACAAAGAGAGAAGUGUACUCUCACAUAAUCCCGGAAAAGGAAUUACCAAGGUCUAACAUUUGAAUCGUGAAAAGUUCAACUGAAACAUUUUUGUGGUUUCAGGGAAACUUAGCACAAAGGAGGGAGGCUGUUUUCAUACAGAAAGGUACAAUAUUUGUUUACUUUCAAAGUCGAGUGCUCAG